CUAGCAGGAUCUCUCCAAUGGGGGAGGGCGGCAAAAGGGUGGGGGAUGAUGCGCUGCUGAGCUUUCCUGAGGCUUCAUUCAUAUGAGUAUUUGCGUGCGAGUUGCAUGUACACGCCUCCAUCCUAGAGGUACAUACCCAGCCAACCAACUACGCAAGAGGAAGCACGUACCGCAUAAAUAGCAUACGGGGGACGUAUGUGUACCACAUACCUCUCUUAUUCGCGUGUGUGUGUGUUGCCGUGUAUUGCAACGAGAAUGCCUAUACAGGUAUGUAGAGGGCCAUUCGGAUUGCCGAUCGGUCCUAUUUUUCCCAUCCCAGAAUCGCGGCCGGCGCCUGCUCGGUUCAAUUGGCGCAAUAUUUUCACUUCUCGCGCUCUCGCUCCCUGCGUGUUCUUCUCCUUGUCUCCCCUCGCCGUCUUUUUUUUCCUCGGGGUUUGUUCUUGUUUUUUUUUUUUUUUUCUGAUUUCCUUCUCUCCUCAUGACGGCCGAUCGGGUCUCGCCAACCGACGCUUAAAUUUAGCCGCCCAGUCAUUAGCCACGGUGGCCGGCAAGGACCCAUCGCGGUGGGGCGGGACCCCGCAACAUUCUAGAAGGCUUCUAGCGCGCCUCCUCCUGGCGCCCAUACCUUCGGGCAGGUGGAGAAGAUGGUGGGGGAAGGCAGCUUGGGUGUGGCCCCACUCACCCAAUCGCCGCAUUGCCCUCGGUACCUACCUAGGUUAGGUGCCUUUAGGAGUACCUACGUACCGAAUGUACCAAAUGUGCUCAGGUGCCCGCACUACCUUGUACCCAGGUACAUACACGCCCGUCACGGGGGAGUAGGGCUGCAAAGGUGGGUGGGAAUGCUGGGCAUAUCACGUGAAGCUUAGCCCGCCAACCAAGUUGGGCAGUCAUAGCAGCUCGGCAGGGAAAAUGCUGGCCAGGCUUACCUAACGCACGCCUCUAGCACAUGAUGUCCGCCCCUCGGCCCACUCCACAUGAGCUGCCAGAAGGAACCGAGAUC